AAAAUAUUUUUUUAAAAAUAAGAAAUAAAUUUGGAGAUAAGGGAAAUGAAUCUGUCCCCUUUUGAAGUUUCCAACUACAUGCAAUAAAUUUUCUACUCUUCCCUUGUGUUGUGUAUACGAAGCAGUUGAUACUGAUAGUGAUUCUCGUGCACCUAGGUGCGUCUCCCUUAUUCAUUAUGAUCACAGAUAUACUCACUGCCAGGGAACCUAUGGGCUCCUCCUUAAUAUGAAAACUGAAAAUCAGUUCCAUCAAGCCAAAUUUUAGGAGGAACCUGCUAGAAUGGGUGAACCCAAAUUAAUGCAUUCGGCACCAACAAAUUAACUGCUGGACUUAUCAAAACUUCCAGCUAUUUCAUGUUUUCAAGUUUUCUAGAAUACUUUGUGGUUUAAAAUUGCAAAAUUAAACCACAGGUUGCUGAUAAUUUCCUUCUUGAUGCCACUAGCAUUCUAGAAUCCUUAAUCUAUUGUUCUCAGGCCCAAUUAUGAGUGACAAAACCUUUCACAUAGUUAUGUACCCAUGGUUUGCCAUGGGCCAUCUAACCUCGUUCCUCCACAUCUCCAACAAACUUGCAGAGAGAGGCCACAGAAUCUCUUUCUUCUUGCCAAACAAAACUCAAGCUAAGCUAGAGUCUUUUAAUCUUCACAAAGACCUCAUUUCUUUCAUCCCAAUCAUUGUUCCACAUGUAGAUGGCCUCCCUCCUGGUGCUGAAACAACCGCAGAUGUUCCUUUCCCUUUGCAUUCUCUCCUAAUGACUGCUAUGGACCUUACAGCACCCUCCAUUGAAGCUUCUCUUUGUGAACUCAAACCCCAUUUUGUAUUCUAUGAUUUCACUCACUGGCUACCAGCAUUGGCACACCGGCUAGGCAUCAAGUCUAUACAUUAUUGUGGCAUUAGCCCGGCGUCUAUAGGGUUUUUGCUAAGCCCAGAAAGAAAACUCAAUGAAAAAUCAUUAACAGCAGCUGAUUAUAAGGAACCUCCACCAUGUUUCCCACCUUCAUCGAUCAAGUUACUUCCAUUUGAAACUCGGCACCUAUCCUUUUCAGCAGUGAAGCAAUUUGGCUCAGACAUAUCAUUCACAGAACGCCAAAUUAUGUCUUUCAACAAUUCUGAUGCGAUUAGUUUCAGAGCUUGCAUGGAGAUGGAAGGGCCUUACUGUGACUAUGUUGAAGAACAAUUUAAAAAACCCGUUAUUCUUACAGGGCCAGUAGUGCCUAAGCCACCAACUAUAGAAUUAGAGGAGAAAUGGACAAAGUGGUUGGAUAGCUUCAAGGCCAGAACUGUGAUAUUCUGUGCAUUUGGAAGUGAAUGCAUUUUAAAGAAAGAUCAGUUUCAAGAACUGAUUUUGGGUUUUGAGCUAACAGGCUUGCCUUUUUUGGCUGCACUAAAACCACCAAUGGAGGCUGAAGUAAUUGAAUCUGCAUUGCCAGAAGGGUUUGUAAAGAGAGUAAAAGGAAGAGGGGUUGUUCAUGGGGAUUGGGUUCAGCAGCAGUUGAUACUGAGCCAUCCUUCUGUAGGUUGCUUUGUGACACAUUGUGGAUCUGGUUCUUUAUCAGAAGCACUGGUGACUGAGUGCCAAUUGGUGCUGUUACCGCACGCUGGGGAUCAAAUUAUCAAUGCAAGGCUGAUGGGUGGAGAUCUAAAAGUGGGAGUUGAAGUUGAGAAAGGUGAGGAAGAUGGGCUAUUUACUAGGGAAGGUGUGUGCAAGGCAGUGAAAGCUGUAAUGGAUGAUGACAGUGAAGUGGGGAAAGAGGUGAGAGCUAACCAUGCUAAAUGGAGAGAGUUCUUGUCCAGCAAAGGGCUUGAAAACUCCUACAUUGAUAACUUUGUUCAAAAGCUGUACACUCUGCUCAAAUGAUUUCAUGGUAUUUAUAUUUUGGAAGUUAGUUAUAUAUAUAUAUAUAUAUAUA